UCUUGCAAUAACACGAAAUUCCGUGAACAUGGCGGCAGAGGGUGACUUUUUGUUGCGGUACCGAGCAGUAACCAAUAAACUAAAAAAACGAUUCCUCCGCAAACCCAACGUUGCAGAGGCGAGUGAGCAGUUCGGUCAACUGGCCAAAGAGCUAAAACAACAGGACUGCCUGCAAUAUGCCGCCUUCUGCAGUUUGGCCAUGGCGAGAUGCGAGCAGACUUUGUUCAACGGUCCAGGAGAGGCCCUCGCCCUCACCGAGGCUGCCCGACUUUUCCUGCUCUCUGAGCGGGAGAGUCGCUCACUUCGAGUCCCAGGAUUUGAUGAACAUCUUCAGGCUGCCCUCAACUGCUACAGUUUUGCAAUAAAGGUCUAUAUAGAGAUGAACCAGCCAGUGAUGGCUGCCAGCCUGUCUCUGGAAUUGGGCAAUGCUCUCAAGGAAAUGAACCGGCCUGGGGAGGCCAUUGUCCAUUUCCAAAGAGCUGCAGAACUGCAGUCUCAGGCUCCCAUUGAAUCUCUUCUCUCCCUGGGGGAGGUGGCCUCCUGCAAGAUCCUGACUCGUGACUAUGAUGGUGCCCUGGCAGUGCUGACAGAUAUGCAGUUUAUGUGUCAGGAGAGGGGACUGCAGUUGCCUGGCACCAGCACACCAGUGGGUGUUUUCCUGGAUGUCGUGGCUAGAUGCGAGAUUUCCAGAGUGCUGCUGCUCAUGCUGCUAGAGCCCCCUCCUCAGAAGUUGUUACCAGAGCAUGCUCAGACGCUGGAGAGAUAUGCCUGGGAGUCCUUUGACUCACACAGCCAAGUGACAUUUCUUCCUGAGAAUGUUUUUCUUCUCCUGCAAUCUGUGGUGAUGGCCUGUCAAGAAAAAGACACAGAAUCCCUGAAAUCUUUGCAGACUGAACUGUGGCCUCUUCUUUCUGCGGAGCAAAACCACCUUCUUCAUUUGGUGGUGCAGGAGCGUAUCACCCCCUCUGGUCAAGGCAUUUAAGUUUUUUCAUUCCAGCUCCUCCUUCCAGAAUAUUUGCACUGUACCUCCAUGCUGCCAUACCAUGGUAUAUUCCAGCAAAAACUGUCUCCAGGAUCUUCUGCAUUUAAAUUAGAGCCCUGCCUCUAGUCCCUCCACAGCUCUUGCCCAUCUAGAAACACUUGAGGUCAAACAAAACUACAGAGCAAUGUGGUUUUUCCAGACCAGUCGACUGGAGAAACGGGGAUAGAAUUCCCCCCCCCCUCACUUGUGCACGUUGAUUUAAUGUAAAGCAGUAGGAGUUAUGUAAAUAGCUGUAUCUCUCUGUGGCUUUGUAUGUUAAUAAAUAUGACUGUAGGUAAAUUUGUAAUGGUUGUGCACUUUAA